AUAAAUGACGAUUUCCUACAGUGGAAAUGUUAUUCGAAUACUUCUUCGGUGGAAGGGAUCUAUUUGGAGAACAGCAUGGAAGGAGCUUCUAAUAUAUUUAAUUCUUUACUAUUCCGUACGUGUAUUCUACCUCAAGGGGAUUGAUUUGAUUGAUGAUGACGAAGAUGAUAGACUAAAAAUGCGUCGAAUGUUUGAAACAUUUUGCCGCCAAUGUGAUUCCUACACUCGUCUCAUUCCACUAACUUUUCUACUCGGAUUCUACGUUUCCAAUGUGGUUGCUCGUUGGUGGCGUCAAUUUGAGACACUUUAUUGGCCAGAAGAUAUUCUAUCAGUUCUCUGUACAGUACUUCACCAGCACGACGAGAAGAGCAAACGGAGACGGCAUACGAUUGCUAGAUAUUUGAAUCUAGCUAAUGCCCUGGCAUGGCGAGAUAUCUCUUCAAAAAUCCGUCUUCGUUUUCCAUCUGUUCAUAGUCUUAUAGAAAGUGGACUAUUGACUGAAAAAGAAUAUCAAAUUCUUGAGGCAAUGCAUGCUGAAAACGAAUCAAGUCGUUGGAUCACACCACUUCAUUGGAUUCAACUAAUUAUGCGACAAGUUGAAGAGGAACACAAACCAACGGCUUCCCUUUUCAACCAGUUUGUUGGUGAACUUCGAAUUUUCCGUCAAUCUCUUCGUAAGCUGUAUUCAUAUGAUUGGGUGUGUGUUCCUCUUGUUUAUACACAAGUCGCUGCUUUGGCAACCUACUCUUUCUUCUUUUUCACACUUUUCGGCCGUCAACCACUUUUCCCAGAUAUUGAAACUGGAAAAGAGCUUGAUCUAGUUGUACCAGUGUUUACAAUAGUUCAAUUCUUAUUCUUCGUUGGAUGGUUUAAGGUCGGACAAGAUUUGAUGCGACCCUUUGGAUUAGAUGAUGAUGACAUCGAACUGAACUACAUUUUGGAUAGGAAUGUUCGAAUUUCUUUUGCUAUUGUAAAUCAACUCCAGGAAUCACCAAUUCCGGAUUUCGAAAGUAACGACGAUAAACUUUGGCACGAAAUGCAUCCACCAACCAAAGAUGGAGAAACGUCUCCAAUACCAAGAAUCCCACAACUUCCACAUUCAAAGUAUUCGAAACAACUUUCUGAACAUCCACCACGUCUUCAUGCUUAUGUUCCCAUAGAUGAUGGCAAGGGAAGUAUCAAGGAUUUGGAGAGUCAUCACGGAUGCGUUUCCCUGAAAAAAGACAAGAAACAUAUCAGCUGGUAGCUGAAUUAUUCAUAAUCUGUAAAAUUAUUGUUGUUCUCAUUUGUUCUCUGUUCUACUUACCAUAUUUGAUUUUUUUUUAAUUGAAACUUGUAUUUUUUGAUGAAUCAAACAUUAUUAUAUCCGAAAACAUCAAACAUACAUAUCUAACCAAUUUAUUAUUUUUAUUCUAUUAUAAAUGUGUUAAAUAAAAACCAUAUGUUGUUGAAAACAAUA